AUGGCAAUGAAGCUUUUUUCAAGACACCUAUCUAAAUCCAAUGAAGAUACAACUGUUAUUGGUAUUAAAGUAUCAGGUGGUAACUCACCAGCUAUUAAUCAUCUAUUUUUUGCAGAUGAUUGCUUGAUCUUCACUCAAGCAUCCCUCUCGUCAGUUAACAAUUUAUUGCAAUUACUUCAAGAGUUCAUCUCACAAUUUGGUCAGGUAAUCAACUCUGAUAAAUCUUCAGUUUAUUUCAGCAAGUCUGUUAAUCCAGAAGUUGCUUCUGCUUUUACACAUUUUCUUGGUAUCAAGACCAUGAAUGCUAAAGGCAUGUAUUUAGGAUCACCUCUUAUUUUUGGGUAUUAUAAACAAGAGUCAUUUAAAGAUAUCAAAUAA